CUCUCCACGCUAUUAGAUCAAAGGGUUCCUAAACUCCAUAGCCAAAAGCUUAUAUUCUGUUAAAAAAAAAAAAACAACGCCAAAACGACAAAAUAUGGUUGGUCACCCGUCGUUGGAGGUAGCGAAGACGGUGUUGGAAGUGGCGGACGUGGCGUUUACCGCCAUGGAAUGUUGUCAUCACCACCACAACCACCCUAGCCACCACGACGAAACGACGCCGUCGAGCCCUCAAUUGAGCGAAGAAAAAUUCAAGGAAGAAGCAGAGGAAUUGGAAUCUUUGCAAUCGGAAAAUCGGCGGCUUAGAUCCUUACUCGAACGGAAUCUCAAACUUCUGGAGAAUAUCUCCCAAUCCCCUUCUUUAUUACAAAAUUGUCCUUCCGAUCUUCAUGAUCGAAUUAUAUCUGCUGUGAAUUCUGAAAGCUUUUUGAAUAAGCUUGAAUCAAAAUCUGGGGGCACUGGUUGUAAAUUUCCCUUCGAUGAGGCUUCAGAGGUGGAUUUGGAGGCAGCUGGGAUUUUAAUAAAUAUAGACCAGAAGGAGCCAAGUUGGUGGGUUUGGGUCACCGACGAGAUGACUCCUAGUAAUAUUGAAGAAGAAAGUGGAAUUGAUAAUGAGAAUUAUGUAAUUGUUAGUGAGGAACAUGUUGUAGAUGGAGUUGCGAAUUUCAUGGCUAGAUGCAUUCUUUCGAAUCCAAAAGCUAAGGACUUGACUCCUCAGGAGCUGCAGAAAGCCCUCACAAAAGCUUUGGGAGGCUUCAACAAGGUGGAUAAGAUGUUACACAUAUGGACUGCGGCAAAGAUGUUUUAUGCCCUCUCCACCUGGGGACUUGCUCUUGUAGGGUUGUACAGAACUCGAGCUGUACUAAAACUAGCUGCAAUGGGGGUUCACACGACGAGCAAGGCUGUCCUUAAAGCUCUCUGAAGUUUGUUUUGUUUCCUUGACUUUAAGGGGAACAGAAUCCGCCUUGGAUUUGCUUUGAACAACUGUAAAUACAAGGAACUGAUCAUUGGCUCUCUUCAAUUGACUUUGAAAAUGUAAAUAUGUUGUAAAUUUGAUUGCUUCUGUAAGUUUGCAAUGUUCAAUGUCAUUUGGCUCUCUCUUUAUUGUGUCAAUGAACCGUCAUGGAGAAA